AUGAGGCAAUUCAAUGCGAUUCGUCAAGAAGAGGAUCAUGCAGAAGAGCAGGAGAAAGAACGUUGUGAAGGAGACAAGAUAGGGCAAGGUCGGGGAGCUACGGCUGUUGACCAAGAAGAAAAGGCUAAUGAUGAGCAAGAGAAGCAGGAAGUGCAGCCAUCCAGUGCAAUUGUUUUUCAUACAGAUCUUAUUCUUUUAAAGCACAUGCCCUAUGUGAACAAGAACAUGCCCUAUGCCUUACUAAAGCUGCAGUUUUUGAGCUGGAUAGAAUGCAGCCACUGCCAGGCAUGUGCCCAGGCAAAGUAUAUAUGA